CCCAGCAUUCCAAAGGUUUCUCAAGCCUUGUAUAAGAUUGUAAUGGACAGCGAUGAGGGAAUAAAUCAAACGCCCAGCAAAAUCAAGAUCUUUUUCUCCAAUUUGAUGGAAAAAUCCAAAGCAAGGGAAUAUUUUACAUGGAACCUUUUAAAGAUAUUAUUCCUUGGUCAGGGAUUAUCCAUGUUAUUGUGCGGAACUGCAAUCAGCAGUCAAUAUUUGGCAGAUGACUUUGCUGUGAACACCCCAGUACUUCAGAGUUUUAUCAACUACCUCCUAUUGUGCCUGGUUUACGUGGGAAUAUUGGCAUUCAGACAGGGUAAUGACAAUUUAUUACAAAUACUGAAGACAAAGUGGUGGAAGUAUCUCCUGCUGGGAUUAAUUGAUGUUGAAGCAAAUUACUUGGUAGUCAAAGCUUACCAGUAUACCACAUUAACAAGUGUUCAGUUCCUAGACUGUUUUGUCAUUCCUGUGGUGAUGCUUCUAUCAUGGUUUAUCUUGCGAUCAAGAUACAAAAUCAUCCACUUUGUGGCUGUUUUAAUGUGCUUGUUGGGCGUUGGAAUUAUGGUUGGUGCGGAUGUCCUAGCAUCAAAACAACAAGGAUCAGGUAGCAAUAAGUUGCUGGGAGACUUUCUGGUCCUGGGCGGUGCCGCACUUUAUGGAGUUUCUAAUGUUUGUGAAGAAUUUGUUGUGAAAAACUUUAGCCGUGAGGAGUUCCUCGGAAUGCUUGGCUUAUUUGCAACCUUCUUUAGUGGUAUACAGUUAAGUAUUCUGGAACGUAAUGCAAUUGCAAACAUUAAUUGGAGCUGGCAAGUCGUAUUAUUGUUCACUGCAUUUGCUGUUUGCAUGUUUGGAUGGUAUAGCUUCCUGCCACUUGUGAUUAAGAUCAGCAGUGCCACCUCAGUCAAUCUUGCAAUCCUAACUGCAGACCUCUACAGCAUCUUCUUUGGGAUUUUCUUAUUCCAUUACAAGUUUUCAGUGCUGUAUAUCCUGGCAUUUGCAAUCAUUAUGGUUGGAUUUGUUCUUUACAACACCACUCCGUCACACGUAGCUGAAGUCCAGAUUCAACAUCAAACGGCAGCUAGUGGAUUUGAUGACUCUGUUCGAGUAAAUUACAUCAAUACCCAAGAACCUACCAUUCACUUUACCUCCAUGGACUACCCUGUGGUUACAGAAGUACAGCUGUAAGGAUCCUUAAGAACUGCUUGUAGUGUUUUUAAAUUCAUUUCUUCUGUUUCUUUACAUGCAGAUACAAUUAAAAUUCCUUAAGAGUAAA